UCCACGCGCACAGCCAGAACAGCCGAAGCUUAUUCUCAACAUGGCUUCGGGGCCUGAUUCCACAUAUUGCUGCUGGAACGGCUCUCACAUCAUUGUGUGUCGAGUGACCUGUGGGCUGGACCUGCUCCGAGAUACAGGCCGAGUGAAAAGCCAUCGUGGAACCGCAAUGGGAACAUCUCUUCUUCAAGGAAUUAUCUUCAUUCUACUUUUAUACGUCUGCAAGUCUCAAGAUAUUGUUACUUCCAGGACACCUUUUUCAGCAGAUAUAAACCUUCCAUCAACUGUGAUCACAACAAUGUCAAAUGGGAGUAUGGAGAAACCAGUGGAACACAGUGUGGAGGACAUGAAGGGAGAACGUGUGGAGAUGAAGGGUGGAGAACGAGACACAGAAGAGGUUGGGGCUGAUUCUAGGGAGGGGAUUCCAGCAAUGGCUGAUGAGGUAGCAGCUCUGGUGGAGGAGAAGAACAGCAGAGAAGACUACAAUGAUCAGGUUGACGAUAGCAGUGACCCAAUGGUUGGCGCAGGGGAUGGCAGAAACGAGGCUGGAGGGCAGUCUGAGGAGGAGGACAGGAUGGGGAUGCAAGAGGGCUACGAGGAAGACGUUGGAAUGGAGGAUUUUGAGAACUAUCGGGAAGAAGUGGUUGGAUCAGAUGUGGAGGUAGAGUUUGCAGAUAAAGAGGAGGUUGAUCUGGAGGUCAGAGAUGGCGCUCCGGUAGACAUUUUCACAAGCAAAGGCUCAAAUGAAAGUGAAACUGAGACACAAGAUCUGCCCGCUGCUCCACUUGACACUUAUGUACCACCAUGGUCACAUGGCAGCACCAGCAUGCCAACCCCGGAUGAUUGUCUGGAGGACGUUGCAACCACAACCCCCAAUCUUUUAAACGAGGAUGAAGAUCUCAGUCAUGAGCUAUUAGAGGACACCACAGACGAUUCUGUCCUUGGCAUUGAGACAUGGAAGAUUGGCGCAAUUUCAGCGGCCAUAUUCCUUUUCUUGGAAGCAGCUGUUAUUGCUGUAUACUGUCUAAAAUACAGGAAAAGAAUGUCCAGACAGACAGUGUCAAAUCUGGAGUCAGGUCGAAUCAUCAAACGGGAAUCUAACACACACGCGGUGAAUGGCGGCGAUGGACGCGCUCCCCAGAUUACUUGCUCUGAAACGUCCCACAGAAAAGAACAGGAAAUGAUGUCAGAUACGCAGCUGGAUUCCCUUUAGGGCACACUUCUAUGGAUACUGGUGAUGCCAGA